AUGUCCAACCCUCCCGGCCCGAGAGCCAACUUCAGUUUGCGAAAUGUCAAUACAAACAAACCCCAAUACAGCCACACGGGGUCGCGGCAAUCCGUCGCAGCAUCAGACGACUACUACUCCCUCUCUGAUCGAGGCAACUCCUCCAGUCCAGACAGCAGAGUUACCGUCAUGCGCUUUCAGACACCAGACUCCCAUUUAUCUGCGCCUUCUCCGGUGUCGCGAACUCGCCAAGGCUCACCCAUAGCUGAGUCCAGUCGUCAGGAACAGCGUGCGCUACAAGACCCUCGCCCAGGCACAUCCAGCACGGUCCGUUUCGGAGAGGAGACCGUCUCGCGCCUCAGCCCUAGCUCCGAAGAGACGCCUCGGCCUGUUCUGCGCGACUAUGCAGGCACCGCUGCCACUCCGGGCCUGGAUGAUUCGCCCUAUGUCCGGUUCGCAAUUGAUCAGCUGACACGCGACGAGGUCGCCCGGCAGGGGAGACAUGGCUCCGUGUCCAGCAGAGACGACUAUUCUAUGGACCGGUUAGUAUGGAAUGAGGAUCUAGGCUACUUUACCCGUACGCGAACGCCUAUCCGUCAUGAUUACACACCUCCAAUGCCUCAUCAACAACAAGCAACCCCAUCGCCGCAGGCCCUUCCGCAAAGAGCAGCCUCUGUGGACCCGGAGUCAUUUGUCGCUGUGGACUCUCCCGAGCAAAGCUUAUUGUAUCCCGCUCUGGAUUACUUACCGGUUGUCCUACGGCCAUGGGCUCUAGCACCAGUGAUAUUGUGCUCUCUGCUGAUGGCCGGUGGCGUUUUAUUCUGCAACAUCUGGUCCCAGCGGAACCACGGACUAUGGGGGUACAAGGAACAAGGUGAUUCGCGAUACUUUGUGAUGGAGUUUCUUCCCCAGAUUCUGGCUAUGCCUAUCAUGAUCUGGACUUUCGUCGUCCAGGCUGCUGUUUAUCGCACAGCACCCUUUGCUAUCAUGGCCGCGGAGAGACCGCUGGGCCGUGUGGUGCAGGAGCUGCCCAUUCUCUCGCGGAAUUUCAUCAUUCCCGACUUUACCCAUUUCAGGCAUGGCGAGCCCAUGCUUGGAAUCUCUCUCUUCACAAUCUGGCUGUCCAACUUCUUCUCGAUACCUCUUCUGAGUUGUCUCUUCCAAGCGAAGUAUUACUCUGUUGACGGGCAAGAUCUAUGGAAGUGGACGUCUGUGCAAGCGGUCGGCUGGGCCUUGGUGGGAAUAUACGGGGUUUUGGCCAUUGGGCUGACACUGCUGCUUGCUCGCUUCACUCGGAACUGGACCGGUUUGAUGUGGGAUCCAACGAGCCUGGCCGAUUUGGUCUCCAUUAUCCAGCGGUCGAACAUCUUGCACGACUUUGAACAUUCUGAAACGGUGCCAUUGGUCAGAGAAACUCUGGAUCCGCGGGUGCUUCGGUUGGGCUACUGGCGAUUGUCGGGUAAGGCCGAUACCUUUUAUGGAAUUGGUGAAGUGGACGCUCCAAUACGAACACCGUCGCUGCAUCAGACAGAAAAGAGCCGAAACAACCAACAGCACAGCCUUGCCCGAGUGUGCUUUGACAUUGAGCACCAAGGACGCUUUGGGAGCGAUGUGUUCGACCAUCAGCUAUACUCGCCAUUUGCUCGCUACCGUUGGACACCAUGGUACCUGAGGAAUGCGUCUGUGAUCGUCUGGAUUACUAUUGUGUUCGUCCUCUUCCUAGCCUUGGUCCUGGUCAGCUUCAUUCACAACGCCAUCGAGGACGGAUUCGUUCCCAGACUGCCCACACUACCAUCGAUCAGUGCAUUCUCCUCGUCCAACUUCCUUUAUAGCUUCAUUCCAGCCUUUAUAGGCAACGUCCUCUUUCUCGUCUGGCAGCCAAUUGACGUCUCCUUCCGCGCACUCCAACCAUUCGUCGAGCUAUCCUCCCCGCACGGGGCGACCGCCGAGAAAAGCAUUCUCCUCGCCUACCCAUCCAGCUUGCCAAUUCAGGUUACAUUACAGGCCUUGCUAAACGGGCACUACAAAGUAGCCUGGAUUUCACUGACUAGCGUCAUCUUCGGUGCAAUCCCCAUCCUAUCCGGUGGCGUUUUCAUGUCGCUAUUUUUUCCAUCACAUAACGACAUCCGCAUCUCGGCAUUUAUGCCAGCAUUUUACGCCCUCAUCGUCUUCUGCGGUGUCUACGCCGCCUCUUUCCUGGCUAUCUUCCCUCGUCGCUAUCGCUAUCUGCCACACGAUAUAAACACACUAGCUGAUCUCAUGAGCUUUCUGUAUCAGUCGCCGUUGCUGACUGAUAAGCUGCUCCGUGAGCCUAGGAGCAAGACCGAUCUUGUGACGAGGCUCAUCGUUACCCCGCCCAGUGAGCGCGAGCUGCCUCUUUAUGGCUUUGGGAUCUACGUUGGUCGUGAUGGAAAGGAGCAUCUUGGUAUUGACCGCUUCUCGAGACCUGGGAGAAGCGACAUGCUCAUUACGACGGGGACGAUGAAAUGA